AUGCCAAUACAAUUGUCAGAUUUUCAAAAGAUCGGUCUCGGUCUGUCAAUAUUUGGUGUUGGUUUUAUUUUUCUCGGUAUGAUAUUUCUAUUUGAUAAAGGUUUGCUUGCAGUUGGAAAUAUUUUAUUUCUGGCUGGCUUAAGUAUGAUAAUUGGAUUUGAACGUACACUAAGAUUUUUCUUUCAACGUAAUAAAAUCAAGGCUACUCUACUUUUCUUUGGUGGCAUUUCAAUCGUCCUAUUUGGUUAUCCAUUGGUUGGAAUGAUAUUUGAAAUAUACGGAUUUUUUCUUCUAUUCGGGGGUUUCAUUCCUAUUGCAAUUAAUUUUCUUCGACGUCUACCAAUCAUCGGUUCGAUAUUAUUGUUACCUGGUAUUCGACAAGUUGUCGAUCGAUUAUGUGAAAGUAGAUCAAUGUUAUUUUUUAUUAUACAUGAAUGCUAUAAAAAGAAAAUUAUGUUUGUUCAAUAUGGUUUAAGAUCAAUACUAAGAAAUAACAGUCUUCCAUCAUUCAAAGCAAAAUAUAUAAUAUUUACAUACACUGCUCAGCACAAUAUUCUACGCAUUCUUUCAUCAACUCCAUUCGGUUCCUAUCGAUAUGAUGCAUCAUUCCGACAAAACGUCAAUAGAGUAUCCAAACGAACAGAAUCUACGACAAGCAAUAAUAGUAAUGCACUGGUUUCAUCAGAUAAAAAUGUACCUUCAAUAUUAAAAGUUCGUACACACAACGGAGGAGAAGUAGAUGAUGUUACUGUAAAUUAUCUUGACAAUAAGCUCAUUACAGCUGUACGAGCUAUGCACGAAUAUUUGUUAAAACCAUCAGAUUUAGAAACACUACAACAAUAUAAAACACGUUCACCUUAUACAGAUGUUGCUGAUAGUUCACAAAUGCUUACAGUUUAUCGUCGAGGUGAUGUCGAAAAAAGGGCUUAUCAAAUAUGGGGUACUCCAGAAAUCUUAAAUAUAGAAAAAGCCAAACGAGCUAAAGCUCGACAAGAUGACAAUGAAGCUGCAUUUAGUUUGAAAAAAUCUAUUCGCGAUUAUCAAAAACGUUUAUCGUUCUUAGAAAAUGCAUCAUUUGAUAAUCGAAAAUCAGUUAAAAAGAAUAUUCUUACAACUGGUAGCGGAAAAGUAGUUAUUGCAGCUGUUAUUAUCAAUGCAACAAAUGCUGUGGUUAAAACGAUUGGGUGGUUAUUUACUGGUUCUGCUUCGUUAUUUUCCGAAGCCGUGCAUUCAAUUGCGGAUACAUGUAAUCAACUUAUCUUAACAUUUGGUUUAUGGCAAUCAAUUAAAAAACCAAACCCAGAACAUCCUUAUGGAUACUCAAAUAUGACAUAUAUAUCAUCGCUUAUUAGUGGUGUUGGCAUAUUUUGUUUUGGUACAGGUCUUGCUUGGUAUCACGGGAUAAUGGUAUUGCUACACCCACAAGAAAUGCAUUCUGUCGUUUGGGGUAUUGCUCUUUUAAGUGGCUCGCUCAUAUCUGAAGGAGCGACACUUUAUAUGGCUGCGAAUGAAAUUCGUGCAUCAGCAAAAGAGACUGGAAUGAAAUUUUGGGAAUAUGUGGGUCAAGGAUAUAAACCAAAUGUCAAUGUGGUGUUAUUAGAAGAUUUAGCAGCGGUUUUAGGCGUAUGUGUCGCUGCUACGGCUAUGGGCCUUUCACUUUAUCUCCAAUCACCUAUUCCAGAUGCGGUUGGGUCGCUUAUUGUUGGUUGUAUUUUGGGUGGCGUUGCUUCAUUUAUUAUUUAUUCGAAUACGGCUGCACUGGUUGGACGAUCUAUUCAUCCGAAUCAAAUCGAAGCAAUUAAUAAUGAUUUAGAAAACGAUCGAAUGGUUCGUGCAUUGUACGAUAUUAAAGCAACAGAUAUGGGUUCACAAUCUGUUAUGUUCAAAGCAGAAGUUGAUAUCGAUGGAAGAGAAAUAGCUCGAUCGUAUUUAGAACGAAUUGAUAUUGAAAUUAUUCUUAAAGAAAUUCAAAAAGUUGAUACGAUUGAGUUAGCAGAAGCAUUUCUGCUUAAACACGGUGAAAAUGUGGUCGACAGAGUCGGAGCAGAAAUCGAUCGUAUCGAACGAAAUCUUCGAAAAAAACAUCCAUACUUGCGACAUGUCGAUUUAGAAGUACUCUAA